GACUGUAUACAGUAUCAGCUUGCUGGAAAGCCAAGUUCAUUCUUGUUAACACUCCCCCGCGUGACUGACGAUCACAGACAUCAAACAGCAGCAGCAGACAUCUGUUCCAGGCGCGCGACAAAGCUGGAUUUUUUAUCAUUAUUCUUGUUGUUGUUUGUUCUUCACUUCACAUCAGAGUUGUGGCAAAAGUUUUCUGGAGGCUCCGCGUAAAAUCCUGUCUGAGAUGUUUUGGUUCAGGCAGGGACUGUGCUUCCUGCCAGCCUUUUUGGUCAUCUGGUCCUCAUGCACUUUCAUUAUCUCCUACCUUAUAGCGCUGUUCAGACACGACGUCGACAUCAUCUUCCCAUACAUAAGUGACACAGGUGCAAACCCCCCAGAGAGCUGCAUUUUUGGUCUGAUGACCUUCAUUUCUGCAUGUGCAGGCACAGCCACCAUCUAUGCCAGAUACAAGUUUGUGGAGAAGCUGACGGAGGAAACCGGCCUGGUGAGACCAUCCCUUAAUAAAGCCAGCCUUUGGCUUGGGGUGAUCUCCUGUUUGGGGAUGUGCAUUGUUGCUACUUUCCAGGAAACAGCAGUGACAUUAGUCCACGAUCUUGGAGCGCUGGUGUUUUUUAUCUCUGGUAUCCUCUACACGAUCCUCCAGUCGGUCAUAUCAUUUAAUGCCUAUCCAUAUGGGUCCUCCAAGACUGUGUGUGGAAUCCGUUUGGGUGUCGCUGUCUUCGCUGCUGUUGCCUUGUUUCCCACUGUCAUCUGUGCCUUUUUUGUGAAGCAAACCACCCUGCACCGACACGCAGAAGACAAGGACUAUCCCUACCAUGUAGCCAGCGCCGUCUGUGAGUGGAUCGUUGCCUUCAGCUUUGUGUGCUUCUUCCUCACGUACAUUGAUGAUUUUAAAAUGUUUACCUUGCGAGUGAAAGCAGAGUACAAAGAGUAGCCUUUCACCAUUCACCAGCAAAUUUGGGAUGAUGUAAAUUCACAUUGUUACACAGCAUGCAUUCAAUUUUUAAUACAACACAGAAGAUGCUUUUGUUACUUUUAUCAGUAUUUAUGCAUUUUGUACAACUAGUUAUCAAGUGUAACUUUUUAGGAGAGAAGGUUGACCACAGACCACAGUAUUUUUAUAUGUUUUAUACUAUAUUUUUAUGAGCGAGCUCCAUGAUUGCUGUGUUCAAACGUCACUUUGCACUUUGCUCGACUGUUGCCACAGCAGCGUCACACAUCCUGGGAGACCUGUGACCACUAUUAAGAGAAGUUUGUCACACAGUGAACACAUGAUCCCAGUGCACAAGGUUUUUGUAUUGGUGGUUAUUUCACACAGACAAGAAGACUGAAAUUUUCUGUCAUUACUCGGGUGCUGGGAGUUGAUUGAUGGGAAGUUUUUUUUCCAAAUUAGUUGUAUUUAGAUGACUGCUGUGGUAACAAACUGGGGAGAAAAACUUUUUUUGUGGUACUUGCUGCCUGCUGCUUAUGUCCUAAAUGGUACCAACUGACCUCAGUAUGUGGUUUUACAAUGCAGCUAUAGAUGGGAAUUUUCUUGUGUCUCCAGUACUACAGGCAGCUCCUGUAAUGGUCAUUAGACUAGAAGGAAGUAGGCUUUCUUAGUACAACACCCUAAUUUAAUUUCACUAAUGAAAAACAGAUGUUGAAGGCAGUCUAAUUUGUAUGCUUCAGACAUUCUCUAUCUUGAAGCAGGCACUCCUAAUCCUAGUCAACUUUGACCCUUAUGGGCAAACCAUCUACUUGCAACCAAGUAUCACAUGGCUUUAACCAAGAUAUUGCAGUUGGGACUUUUUCAGUUUCCUAAUAGCUGAAAAAACAAACAUGUAGUUGAUGAUGGGCAUCCUGAAAAGGUACAAGGUGCAAAGGAGCACCUCAAUUCCCAGAAUUUUAUGAACACAUGGCAAUUAUAUGUAAAAGUUUAUGGAUUAUCAACCCUCUGCACAAGAGCAAAAGGCCGGUGCUGCAGCUGUUAUGUGGCUAUAAUACAAGUAAAACUCCAGAGUAAUCUAGAAGCCGUUACAGGAAGGCAAUCAAGAGCCUUUAAUAGAGUCAGUAUUCACCGGGUUCUUAUUUUAUUCACACUCCAGGUUUUAUAAUUAAACCCCCGAGAAGAGUUUGUGAUUUACCUUAAUUCACCAGACACAAGGGAACAUAAUUAAAUAUUGUCCGAAAUAUUUUCCUAAGAGGUAAAAUAGCUUGAACAUGAUGAGAAACAGCAGGUCCAUGACAUGUUAGUAUUACUACUAAAAUACUGGCUGAUUUAAAUGAUCCCCAUUAAAAGUCCUCUGCAUCGAUGAGAUGUUAAAAUGUGGCAGCGACACUACCGUGUUCAUAAUGCAGCAUUUACAGGAUCAUCUCGUUCAUAUACCUUCAUUGUGAUAAUUCUGUCCGAAUGUUUACAUUUUAUGAGGAAGUUAAAUAAUGCUGGAAAAAAACUGUUGAUGUGUCACAAAGUAUUUCUUGUUGUCUGUGAAGUGUAAUUGUGCAGCAGUGUUUAGAGGCUGAUGGUAAAA